AUGAACAGAAAUGGAGAGGAUGAAGUGGCCGAGAAGAGGAGGAGAAGGAGGGAGGGGGUGCAGGUGUCCCUCAGAGGAGGCUGCUUAGCUGCUUCAGCCACGGCUAUGGCGGUAAUGGUGAUGGCAAAAGAGAAGGGUGUGGCUGACAUCUAUGGCUUCACGCUCACUCUCAACUCCAGCUGGUCUUUCUCUCCCGCCUAUCAGUAUGUGGUGGGGACAUGCAUGGUGACCAUCCUCUACUCCCUGUUCCACCUCUUUCUAGGAAUCUACAGGCUCAUCACUGGAACACCAAUCACACCCUCCCGUUCCCAAGCUUGGCUUUGCUUCAUCUUCGAUCAGCUCUUCAGCUAUUUGAUAAUAAGCGCUGGAUCAGCCGGUAUUGGAGUUACAAACCUCAACAAAACAGGCAUCAAACACACUCCUCUCCCUGACUUCUGCAACACCCUUUCUUAUUUCUGCAAUCAUGUCGCCCUCUCCCUCCUCCUAGUCUUGCUCUCCUUCGUCUUUCUCGCCUCCUCUUCUCUCUUUAAUGUCCUUGUGCUCUCCACUCUCUAG